AUGUCCAACCCGUUCCUGCACAAUCCGCACCCCAGUCCUAGCGAAGAAUAUGAUGAGCUCCCUCUCCCGACCAUUCCCGUCUCUCUUACUCCCGACAUUUCCAAUCGUCACAGUCUCGAACGUGAACCCACGGCCGAUGUCAUCCAGUAUGAAACCGGGCUGGAGGCGCCCGGCCUGCACACGCCCCUGCAGACGCCCGCCGAGGAACUGCCCGAGUCUGCGUUCUUCAGCCCUGCGCCGCCACCCGAAUCGGAGCCACAGCCGAAUCCAAUCCGCUCACCGCGCGUGCGCUUUCGUUCCAUCAGCCGUUCCAUUAGCCAGCGAUACCAUGGCAUCCCUACCGACUCCCAUCGAAUCUUCUCCGAUCAGUCUGACGCCUCCCGGCAUCCAUUGUUGCCGCCCGUAGACCUGAACGAUGUCCCGCUUUCCGGAAGCGUCACCCCACCGGCCCCCACGCAUUCCCGCCACGCGGGCCUCGCGGGCGGUCGCACUCCCGAGGGCCCUGGGGAACCUCACGAUGGAGUCGAUCCAGAGAAGCAGCAUUGGCGAGCUCCCGAGGUCGAGCGCACCGGCUCAACCAUCGACCGCUUUCGAGCUGCCGGCCAGCUCCUGCGCCAGAAGACUGUGCGGCUCACAGAGCGCCUCGGUCGCCCCGUGGACGAGGGCGAGGCCCUGAACGCAUCCAUGUUACCCGAUGAUCUCGAGACUGGCAUCUCCGCUGAGGAGUUGCAAGCUCGCCGUGCGCGCCGUGAUGCGGAUCGCCUGCGUGCCUUGGAGGCAGGCGAGGAGCCCAUCGAACCCCCUCCCAGCGCCGAGGCUCAUCGUCUCGUCCGCAGCAUGACCCAGGCCCAGGGUCAUCUGCGCAGUCGUCGUCCGCGGGGUGCCUACCAGCGCUCUGGCCAGACAACUCCCGAGGGCAUGCUGAGAGAAUUUGCUGCCCGUCGCCGGUCCAGCGGAUUCGGCGGAGCCGGCAGCGGCAUUUUGUCCCAACUGCUGAAACUUCAUGCCAGCCAGACGAACAGCUCGUCGCGCGCCGGGAGUGUCAUCACUGAUGACUCGGACAGUGAGACGCAGGUCUCGUCUGGUGCCACGACCCCAAAGAAAGGCAUGCUGACUCCUCCCAUGCCUGUAUCCAUGCCUCCCUCGGGUUCAGCCACCCCUCGCAAGGAGAAGCUGAAAUGGUAUAAGAAAUCGGCUCAUCGGUCAACCUCAUCGCUGGUCGAUGCAUCGAUGAACCUGAGUCGUGCCAGCCUGCCUGCGGGCGCUGCGGAAGCCCUCCAGCCUCCAGGCAAGAAGCAUAAGAGAAAUAAACGCAGGACUCGUCUGGAAGACGAGAUCCGGGUCACUGUCCACAUUGCCGAGAUCCUGGCUCGUCAACGAUACAUUAUGCAGUUGUGUCGCGCCCUGAUGCGGUAUGGUGCUCCCACGCACCGCUUGGAGGAAUAUAUGCAGAUGACGGCCCGAGUCCUAGAGGUUUCGGGUCAGUUCCUAUAUCUUCCUGGCUGCAUGAUUAUGUCUUUCGACGACCCGACAACCCGCACCGCCGAGGUCAAGCUGGUCCGUAUGGUCCAGGGUGUCGACUUGGGACGUCUUGCCGACACCCACAACGUUUAUAAGAACGUGGUGCACGAUCUGAUCGGCGUCGAGGAGGCGACCCAAGAAUUGGACGAAAUCAUGCAACGGAAGCCACGCUUCAACAAAUGGAUCCUGGUACUUAUGUAUGGCUUUGCUAGUGCUGCAGUCGGUCCUUUUGCCUUUGAAGCGCGGCCUAUUGACAUGCCUAUCAUCUUCUUUCUUGGGUGCCUGGUCGGCUUUAUGCAGCACGUUCUUGCCCCCCGCUCUAUUCUCUACUCCAACGUGUUUGAAGUCACUGCGGCUGUGCUGAUAUCCUUCCUCGCCCGUGCAUUCGGCAGCAUCAGGGUCACACGGAAUGGAGCCAGUGAGGAGCUCUUCUGCUUCUCGGCGAUGGCUCAAUCUUCCAUCGCUCUUAUCCUCCCCGGUUUUAUGGUUCUCUGUUCCAGUUUGGAGCUGCAGUCUCACCAGAUGAUCGCUGGUUCGAUCCGUAUGGUAUAUGCUAUUAUCUACUCGCUCUUUCUCGGCUACGGCAUUACGGUUGGAACGACUAUCUAUGGCCUUAUGGACACGAAUGCCACUUCGUCCACAACUUGCUCUAGUUUAAACAUCUAUGGCUCGGAGUACGCUCGCAAGUUCCCAUUUGUGGCUAUCUAUGCUGUCUUCUUGGCUAUCGUCAACCACGGCAAGUGGAAGCAAAUGCCUGUUAUGGUCUUCAUUGCGGUUUCGGGCUACGUUACCAAUUACUUCAGCACUACCAAGCUCGGCUCUAACUCUGAAGUUGCCAACACCGUUGGUGCCUUCACGAUUGGUGUCCUCGGCAACCUUUACAGCCGUCUCUGGCACGGCCAUGCUGCCACCGCUAUCUUACCUGGCAUCUUCGUGCUCGUUCCCUCCGGUCUUGCCUCCAGUGGAGCCCUCAUCUCCGGUAUCAAAUAUGCAGAUGAAGUGCGUCAGAAUAUCCAGAAUGGCAACAGCUCAGCUACCAGCAGUUCCUCAGAUACUUCCGUGGCUAGUCUUGGCUUCGGCAUGAUCCAAGUUGCUAUCGGUAUUACUGUUGGCCUGUUCAUCGCUGCUCUUGUCGUUUAUCCCUACGGUAAAAGGCGCACUGGUCUGUUCAGUUUCUAA